CGAGUAUGAACAUAUUCAUAUUUUUUACAUGGUGUUCAUAUUUCAUUGAUUAAUGUCAUGAGGACACGGAACACAAUUAUAAGGUGUUACAGCCACGGCAACCGCAGGUUUAAAAUCAGUGUGUGUGUAUGAUGGCUGUGGAUUGGACUGGAUACGGAUAUGCAGCACUCGUGGCAUCUGGAGGAGUUGUAGGAUAUAUCAAAGCAGGCAGUGUUCCAUCCCUGGCGGCAGGGCUAUUGUUUGGGGGUUUGGCUGGGUUUGGUGCCUACCAGAUAUCCCAAGAUCCCAGAAAUAUUUGGGUGUCUUUAGCCACUUCUGGGACUCUUGCUGCGGUCAUGGGAAAGAGAUUCUAUAAUUCACGCAAAAUCAUGCCAGCUGGUCUCAUUGCUGGAGUCAGUAUUCUGAUGGUGGCCAAGCUUGGAGCUGGGAUGCUGCAGAAACCACAGCAGUCAUGAUACACAGAAAAUACGAAAAUCAUUUUCCUUCUAAAAUGUAACCCAAGCAUGUAAUUAUGUUUUUUUGUAUAACAUGUACAAUAACAUUUCUGAAUGUUCAAAUGGUUCAUCAGCAGUCUAAUAAUUAAAAUGCUUUAAAAUACCUACAAAA